AUGCAUAAGGAAAUAGAACUGAUGUGGGUUGGCAGUAUGGAUUUGAUGUGGAUAAGAACUCAAAAAGGGUGCAAUGCAAAUUUUGCGAAAAAAUCUUUACCGGAGGAAUUUUUCGCUUUAAGCACCAUUUGGGUUGUACACGGAAAGAUGUGGAGCCAUAUACAACAAGUUUUGAUGAAGCAAAAAGGGAAGGGUCUGAUGGAUACUUUUGUGAAGAAAGGACAGAGCAUGACAGGAAGCACUCAAACCACAAUCAAUCAAUUGCUGAAAAAGGAGCAAAGGGAAGAGGUUUGCCAACAAAUUUCUCGAUUCUUUUAUGCUUGUGCGAUCCCUUUUAAUUGUGUAAAGCAUCUAGUAUUUGCAAAAAUGGUUGAAUUGAUAGGAAAGUAUAGUUGUGGGUUGAAACCUCCUAGUUAUCAUGAAAUUAGGGAGAAGUACUUGAAAAAAGAAGUAGCUCGUACUACAGAUUUGCUUAAUGAAUAUAAAGAGGAACGGAAGAAAACAGGUUGUACAAUUAUGUCGGACGAAUGGACCGAUAGAAAGAGGCGUUCAAUUCGUAAUGUUUUAGUGAAUAGUCCGAAAGGUAAUGUUUUUUUAACAUCAAUUGACACGUCUGAAAUAUCUAAAACUGCAGACAAAGUGUUUCAAAUGUUAGAUGACAUUGUAGAGAAAAUAGGAGAAGAUAAUGUCGUACAAGUGGUCACGGAUAAUGCUGCGAAUUAUAAAGCAGCGGGGGAGAUACUAAUGCAGAAAAGGAAAAGGCUCUAUUGGACUCCUUGUGCUGCCCAUUGUAUCGAUUUGAUUUUGGAGGACUUUGAUAAGAAACUAACAACAUGGAAAUCAAGUCGAUUCGCAGCCACAAGUGAUGGAAAAAGAAUUCAGCAAAUGGUUUCGGGUAGUAGAUUUUGGGCAAAUAUCAUAACUUUUCUUAAAGCAGUCUGUCCACUCAUAAAAGUCCUUCAGUUAGUUGAUUCUGAUGAGAAACCAGUUAUGGGAUUUAUUUAUGAAGAGAUGGCUCGUGCUAGAGAGAAGAUAAUAGAGAAUUUCAAUGGCAAAAAAAAGAAUUUCGAGCCUGUCCUAAAAAUUGUAGAUGAGAGAUGGGAAUUACAGCUUCAUAGACCUUUACAUGCUACAACUUAUUACUUAAAUCCACGUUACCACUACAAUCCUAAUUUUAAGGUUAAUUCUGAGAUUAAAAUUGGAUUGUAUAACUGUUUAGAGAGAAUGGUUCCUGAUCCAAUUGAAAGAUGUAAGAUAGACCUACAACUUGAGACAUUCAAAGAUGCUAAAGGUCUUUUUGGAAUAGACUUGACCUGCAGCUCCUCUGGAUGUGAAAGAAAUUGGAGCAACUUUGAGAUGGUUCAUACAAAGAAAAGAAAUCGAUUGAAUCAACAGAAAAUGAAUGACUUAGUUUUUGUGAUGUAUAAUCUAAAGUUGAGAGAAAGAUUAUCUAAGAAGGAUGACAUUACAUGUACCAUUGAAGACGUAUCUUCGGAUGAUGAGUGGAUUACGGAGGAAUCAAAUGUUCAUGAUCCUUUGAAUAAAGCCUGGCAUGGCGCACUACGUGGUGGAAGUGCAAAUGGAGGUCAUAUAAAUGAGUCGAAUGAAGUAGCUAUUGAAGAUGAGGAUUUGGAGAUCCAAGAACAUGGAGAUGAUAUAAUGCUACAUGAAGAUUCUGGUGAUGAAGUUGAUAGGCCAUUUGAAGAAUCAAAUGGUAUUGAAGUAAGUAGUCCAGAUCUUAAUGCUUGCGGAAGUACAAAUGUUGAUGUUUAUGCACAUGAGCUUGAAAAUGAUGCUGAAAAUAUUGUUGAAGGAGAACAUGGUGAUAAUGAUGAUGAUGAAGAUGAGAGUUAUUUGAAUGAUAAAACUAUUGAUGACCUUUUCUAA